AUGGAUGUCACUGUGCAGCUCCCCACCGAUCCUGUCGAGCGGCGUCGCGUUCAAAACCGCAUCGCCCAACGCAAGUUUCGUCACAAGCGGCUUCAAAACCAAGCAGCGUCAUCCACUGCCAAUAGUCGCUCCUCCGCCCACCAUUCACGGCGGCCAUCAUCAUCAUCAUCAUCCAAGGCAGUCGCGCAAGUCACAUCUACGCCACACACUUCCAGCACAUUCUCUUCGCCCGGAUUAUUCGGAAGCAUCGAUAUGGGGAUGCGGCUUGAUGGGCUGCCCAUGACACCAGCCACAGUAUCGGUGGACGAUUUCUCCAUGGACGCGUACUUUGACGGCAACUUUGACUCUUGCUUUGACAUGCCUAAUCUGCCUGCCAAACCACCAAGCCGGUCUUUAUCAUUCGACCACACCUUCUCUGCUCCAGUGCGGACGCCGUACUCUGUUUUGCCAACGCCACGGGCCACCGCAUCAUCUUCAUAUGCGUCGUCGUCGUCGUCGUUAUCGGGUCGAUCGCAUGGGACUCCUGUCGGCGAAGGCGGGCCACCGUCAUCUGUCAGCAGCGUAAAUGGUCCAAGUCCUCGGCGUGAGACUUUCAUAGACACGCAAAUCUCUGAUCUAAAGAAUUUUCAGACCGAGACGAUGAACAAAGAGAAGGACGAUAGCGGCGCAAGUGACAAGGGAUGGAUAAGUACCAUCCACAUUGCGGUGCAGAGCGGGAACGAGCGCAUCCUCGGCAUGUUGCUAAGACAAGACACGGACGGAAUCAACUCUCCAGAUAGUAAUGGGCGAACACCGCUCUUUCACGGAGCAAUUCAGGACAACGAACCCGUUGUGCAGAUGUUGCUAGCCCACGGUGCCCGCAUCGGCUUGCUCGACAAGGAAGGGCGGUCACCACUGCACUGGGCUGUGCUAUAUCGUCGAUUAGAGGUCCUCAGAACGUUACUGGAACAUUGGAACAAAUAUGAGCGAGAAAGCUUCGACAUUGAUGCCCACGAUAAUGUUGGCUGGACGCCGCUACAUCUCGCGGUCGAGAGACGUUUCGAGGCGGGUGUAUUGCUGUUGAUGCAGGUCGGUGCCAACAUAAAGGCACGAGCCAAAAUGUGUCCGCAUACCGGAAAACCAAUGCCAUUUAACGUGGAGCCUCUGGGAUCUUGA